GGGAACGCUUGCAAAGUUUUCCAAUCAGCUGCUGGAAAACGAGUUUUAAAUUGGCAAGAAGACGAAAAGGGUCCUGCGUGCAGGAUGUAACGUUUUGCAUGUAAAUGAAAAAGCUGUCUCUGACCAAGUAGAAAGUGUCCUCGGAGAAAUUACAAACCUAAGAAAAGAUGGAGCAGAAAGAUGCUUUGGAUAGUAUUGUAAAAUGUCUGCAACAACCAAAGAGGUCUGCCUAUCCUUCCCCCGGAAAUAUCCUGCACACAGGAAAGCAGCUUCCACGGACGCCAGGCCCAGGGAUUUUGCCUCUUUUACCGUCACAGGCAUUUGAUCCCUUUCAGGGGGACUUGUUUGAGGAAUUAUUUAAAUCAAUCGCCCAGUCUUGUGUCAGUGGAGUAGAUAAUAUUAUCCCUUGUGGUAAACAGCUUUCACGCACUCCCAUAUUAAAAAGCUCUCAAGAAACUAUUGCGGAGUGUAAUUACCCGAAUAAAAAACAAUUUCUUGAUAAAAAUAGCAUAGAAAACGUGGCCCAUAUAUCGAAUGCUUCCAUUCCUGUUGAGAAAUCUGAAAAACAAUUAAACGGCGAAGUAACUGACAGAGAAACAAUUACAAAAAGUUGCAUAGAGAAACAAUACCUGGAGCCUAGAUUGUCUGAAACUGCAAGGGAUCAAAAGAAUGUUGUUUCCGAAUAUGUAAUGAAUACUAAUGAAAUAGACAGUGGAGCGAAAGCACCUGGGUGUCGUAAUACUUUUACCAGGAGAAUAAGUGAAUUGCCUGUUCAAGGGUUAAAUAAGAUUCGGAUUUCAGGUGUGCUGAAAAAGAUGCCUGGUUAUGAGUGUCACAGUGAAGAUCUGGAGUUCCUCAAACACAUGGAAUACCUGGAGAAGGCUAGAGGUUUAAAGGCUGAAUUGCUUUGUCUGAGAAAGGGUCUGACUGCAGCAAACCAGGAAAAGGAAUUAUUAGUGGCCAAAAAGAUCAAAGUGGAACUUGAUAUUCAGAAAAUGAAAGAGUCAUUUGAAAAAGUAGUGGAGCUGGGAAGAUCUUUCCUAUGUAGAACGCAAGACACAGAUUCUGUGAAGGAUUUGGCUCCUCAAGAUGUUUUGAAGAUGUUAAACCCAACAAUGGUCCAACAAGUACAGGGUCAGCAGAUUAGCAGGCUCCUGGUUAUGCGGAAAGAACUGAAAAAGAAACAAAUGGCUGUCAAUAGAACCAACAAGUUGUGUGAUAAAUUCAGCCUAAAGCCUGAGACCUAUAAAGACCCAAAGAAGGAUGUUGAAUCACACCUCCAGCAUUUAAGUGAAGAAAUAGACGACCUCAAAAAUACAGUGCAAAAAGCCAAGGCUGACCUUGGAGCUACAGAGGAAAUUAUACAGAAGAAAAAAGAUCAAAUCACUCGGGAGCUUAACCGCACACCUGUAUCAAAGCAAAACAGUGACAUGAGCGAAGCAGAACAAAAAAAAUUAAACAGAAGACUUAAGAGAAUCGUUCACCGAAAAGAUCUUUUUAUAGAAAGGGAAAAAAUACUGCAGAGACUAAAACUGUCCAUUUAGUGAAUGUGUUAAAGAAAAAUAUAUGAAGGAUGUGAACACACAUUGUGUUUGCAAAAUAUUAUUUGCCAUAGAAUCCUGCUAUUUUUUGGAAGAGAAAUAGCGACGGUGCAAUAUUGUGCUUUUUAUAUUGACUGUAAAGUUAUUUAUUUGUAGACAUUGUAUAAUGUGUGUUUGAAAAUGUGAACUGUACAGCUCCACCUGUUUAAAACGUUUUCAUAGUUUUGCUAUUACUAAUGUUAAAAUAAUGUUGUCUAAGGGGUACACAUCCUUUCAACAACUACUGUAGUACUAAAAAAAAAAGUCAGUAACCAAUUCCCUAUUAUCGUUGCAAUUCAUUUCACACAAACAAGGAUAAUUACUAGAGAACAGUUUCCAUGGGAAGAGGUAGUAGCGCGCAAUCAUAUUACAAGUUGUUAGUUAAAGGGACAGUCUACACGACACCUACACGCACCUUAAAGAAACUGCUGUACCGGGUAAACCACGCACCACUCAUAGAAACAUUAUGAAUGGCCAAAGUGAAUCCAGUACGGUAGGGAAACUUUGUUUAUUCGUGUCGUUUUAAUAUGGCCGCCCCAAUUUCUCCUCACUCCUUUCUCAUUCUGGUAGAAACCACUGCCAGCAGUGCAAAACUAUGGGCGCAGCGUCGUUGAUUUUACAAGUGAGAGCCUUUUGAUUGGACGCAGCUCACACAUAGACGUGCCCACUGAUUGUAUUGGAGGAGUUGUGUGGCCAUCUUAUGGCUGAAAAAUAAAGUAUUUUAAUAAAAAACACUUUAUUUUUGACAAGCAUGAAGUGUCAGUGGAUACGGCGUGGUGUCUCCGUUACAACAAACAAAAUAAGGUAAUAUUAAAUCACAUGUAGACUGUCCCUUUAAGUGUUGCACUUUUACAUUUAACUCUUUUGAAAACACGGUAUUAAGUAUUAACUGCUAUUUUGAAUUUAAAAAAAAAUGCAUUACAAUGCUAUAGAAAUAAAUUAACAGCUGUAAAUUAAAGGGAUAUAAAGCAGUGUUCUUUAAUAAAAAACCUUAAAAGAAA